CUGCCAUUUGUUUCUGGUACUAGCACACAAUGGACAAUCCUAAUCAAAGUCCCCGAAAUGAAUAUACAUCUAUAUCUGAGGAGAAGCGGCGCUUCCUAGAAGAAAAGUACAGACGUAGGAAUCUUGCCCCAGAAUCUCUCAUCAUUCGCCCAGGUCUCCGAAAGUUGCACAUUGCAACCAUUGCACUUGCAAUUGGAAUGAGUGGCUAUUUUGCUCUCUUUGCGGACUUUGGAGACAAAGAGACAUGCUUUACACCGAUUCGUAGAUACUACAAGCGUAAAGUAGAUGAAUUCUGGUCAUUAAGCGAGGAAGAAAAACAACAACUGAAGGAGCAAGGGCGGUUAUAGGAUUUAAUUGUCUAUCGUGAUCAGAACAGACUUAUGGGCCUUCGGAAGCUUGUAGGUCGCCAAUUCUUUUGAGACGAGUAACGCUCUGACCUCACAUUUGAAUUCUAUAUGUUUGCAGAUAACUAAGCUUGUUCAUGAGCACUUCGUCAAUCUGUGGAAGCCAAUUAAUCAUAAUACUACUGUAUUUGUAUAUCUUUGUACCAUGUAAAAGAAGAAAUAAAAAAGGCCAUCGCUUUUAUUUUAAU